CUCCCAGAGCCACACUCGCUCGUCCGCCGUCGUGCUGAGUAGGUUUCAAAUCGUUAUAUUUGCUAUAUAAAAGAAGUAAAACGAGAAAAAAAAAAUAAUUACACAAAAAAACAAUUAUUUUACUCGUGCUUUCGUGUAUACUCGUGUAACCUCUCUUGUUUCCCCAAAUAUAUCAAUAUUUGCAAAAAUAUAAAGUGUCUCCCUAUUUAUAUUGUGUCAGUGAUUAAAGUGACAAAUUCUUUAUUUUUCUGCGCGAGUAUUUUCAAAUUAAUGUUUUGAUCAGGUCAUUGAAUUAUUUCAAGAAAGAAUUUUUAAUCGAAUAAAUCAGCAAUAUAGACACCAAAGGGACUGUGUUUAUUUUUUUUUUAUUGUUGUGUGUAACGAGAAAAAUUGUGUGAUUCAUUGGAUAGCAAAGAAAUAAAAAAUUUGCUCUCAUAAUAAUAAUCCGUGAAACGUGUGCGGCAAUUGAAAAUUCAGAGAAAAUUUCUCGUAAUAAAUAUUAAUUGCCUGGAGAAAUAUAUUUUCGAGUGUUUUUGGUUCUUUUGUGGUGUUUGUUGUUGUUGUUGUUUUUAAACAACACAAGUGAAAAGAAGUGUUUUUGUUUAAAUUCCAGAUAUUUCUAUUUUUUUGUGUGUGAAGGGUUUUAUUUUCAUCAAGCCUACGCAUGUUUCCAGGACCGACAAAGUUUCAGUUACAGUGGAGGUGCUGCACGAGCAGGAGGUGUCGGAAUCAGACGUUCGGGCAGUAGAGUCCUGAACUUUUGUUUUAUUUGAAUUAUCUGAGAGGUGGGCUCUUGAGGCCCACCCUUGAAUCAUUCAAGCUGGCGAGCGCAUUGGCCGCUGGUAUGAACCCGUACACCCACCAUCCAUCACUUGCUGGGAGUCCUCAUCAUUCGCAAGGUGGACCCCAUCAUGGCUAUUCAACGGGGGGAGGAGGAGGCGGUGGUGGUGGUGGUGGCGGUGGCGGAGGUAAUGGCACUACCACUACACCGGACCCAAGUCCACAUUCACCUCCAUAUGGAGCGCAAUCCGAUUCAAACACGCCUUAUUCACAAUUACAAAGUGGACAGGGCCUAAAUAGUAAUGGACAUCAUCAUGGCCCUGGAAAUAUGCUGGGUGAUCAGCCGCAUCAUCAGAGUCACUCACAUCCUCACCUGUCGGGACAUCUGCCCUAUCCUCCAGUUAAUCACAACAACAAUUGUACUUUAAAGCAAGAAGCAGGACACGAGGGAUCAGUGGGGAUUCAACCAUGUGCGGGAUGCGGUUGCCGAAUUGUCGAUAGGCACGUUUAUUACGCACUGGAUCGCUAUUGGCAUAAUAAUUGUCUAAAAUGUACAGCGUGCGGAUCAUUAUUAGCCGACAUUGGACCUAGCUGUUACGCUAAAAAUCAAAUGAUCCUCUGCAAAAGCGACUACAGAAGGUUAUUUGGUCCUACGGUACCUUGUGCAGGUUGUGGUCAAGUAAUACCAUCAACGGAUUACGUUCACAAAACAAUAGGGGCUUCAUUUCAUUUAAAAUGUUUUCAAUGUAGCAAAUGUUGUACCCCACUUCAGGUUGGAGAUAGGUAUUAUUUCAUUUCGGGAACACUAGUGUGCGAGCCGGACUAUCAAAAAAUAGCGAAAUCAUCGUCAAUGCCAGUGACAGCGGCGGCUGCCGGCAAUGGGGGUGUUCCAGUGCGAAAAGGCAAAGUGGGAAGGCCUCGAAGGAGUCGCGAAUGA